GGGGGGCGCGGCGCGGCCCGCUCCCGGCCCCGGUCCCGGCAGCCCGUGCGGCGGCGCAGGCGCGGAGCGGCGGGCGGCAGCCAUGGCGUCGGGGUGCCGGAUCGGGCCGUCCAUCCUCAACAGCGACCUGGCGGCGCUGGGCGCCGAGUGCAGCCGGAUGCUGGACUGCGGGGCCGACUACCUGCACCUGGAUGUAAUGGACGGACACUUCGUCCCGAACAUCACCUUCGGCCACCCCGUCGUGGAGAGCCUGCGCAAGCGGCUGGGCCAGGAGCCCUUCUUCGACAUGCACAUGAUGGUGGCCAGGCCGGAGCAGUGGGUGAAGCCGAUGGCUGUCGCUGGCGCAAACCAGUACACCUUCCAUCUGGAGGCCACGGACAACCCGGGGGCGUUGAUAAAAGACAUCCGGGAGAACGGGAUGAAGGUUGGCCUGGCCAUCAAACCCGGCACUACGGUUGAACACUUGGCACCUUGGGCCAAUCAGAUAGACAUGGCUUUGGUGAUGACGGUAGAACCUGGAUUCGGAGGGCAGAAAUUUAUGGAAGACAUGAUGCCAAAGGUUCAGUGGCUGAGGACACAGUUUCCCUCGUUGGAUAUUGAAGUGGAUGGAGGAGUUGGACCUGACACCAUCCAUAAGUGUGCAGAGCUUCAAGCAUUAGCCUGGCUCUGAUCUCUCAGCCUGUUCCCACCACCAGCGGGUUCCUCACGACACCAGCAUUCAUGCAAAACCGAAAAAGCCCUGGGGCUACCGAAAAAUCGCGUAUCUCAGUGGCUGGAGCAAAGACGCACAGAAUAGAGACAGCACGCAGGGCACAGGGCCUGGUCUGCUGCAAGAAGAUAAUCGAUCAGGGGUGCUGCUGGUGAGGAGCACAGCCUGGGGCUUCCCGAAAAGCAUCUCCCUUGACACGUGCACGCAGCAUUCUCCAUCUGCCCCUGCCAGAUGAAGGGGCGCUGCAGGUAGGUGAGAAAUGCAAACCCAGCCUGUUCAUGGUCACCCCUCACCUGAUGGCAAGUGAGCAGCCCCAUGGUGGGGGAGCGGGAGGAAGAAAUGCUCUGGCGCAGUUCUCCAGCCGUGCAGUUGCUCGGGCAGCUCUUUGUGCCAAGGCAGGUGCCAUUUGCUGUCACAGGUCAAGCCAGCUGAGAGGCAGCUGUUGGAGAAGAGCCCUCUGACAGUGGUGGGGUAGUGACCAAGUAGGCAUUUUUAUAGUUUCUCCAGGGAUUUUUUUCAGUCUCCUGGCUGCCUGGUCUUUCUUCGCCUAGUGUUUUUAUUGCUGCCUUGUGAGGCAUGAGCUGGUUCCCACAAUGGCUGACAAGAACAUCUGAGGAGGGGACAAAGAAAACAUGUUUACCCUUGCUCCUAUUGAUAGCUGCUUGUGCAGCCCCUGCAGCUGGCAAGGUAACAAGCAGCUGCCUGAGACACUGGAGACUGACCCAACAGCAACAGAAGGAUUCACCAGCCCACCACAGCUGGGCUGGAACAGCAACGCAGGAACGGCUUUACACCCCACCAGGUUGCCCAAGCUUGAUUAAUCCAGCUCCUUUUGCACGGGUUUUUCUGGCCUCAUUUUAACACCCUUUCUUUCCCACCCUGCAGUCUAGAAAAAACUCUCCUCUUGCUCUGGGAUUGCAUUUCCAUUUCCUGACAGCACCUUCAGGACACAUAAGGCAGGCAGCUGGAUGGUUUACUUGCUCUGCCCCAUCUCUUAAAUUGCAGAAACUCCUCACGCUGCCCCAGGGAUCAGACAGCAGGAAGCCCUGACCUUACACCAAAGCUAGUCUUAAUGUAUGGAUACAGGUAUGGAAAAGACCUGCAAAACAUUUGGGACGCAAAACAUUCAGAAACCAUUUCCCAGCAGCAGCUGCACAUGCAGGACGAGAUGGAAAAAUCCACAUCUGCAUUCAGACACCGGGGGGCUCAGCCUCACAGCACCCACGCAGCUUCAGCAGGACAGGCAAGCUCAGCGCCACUGCCAUUGCCGUGUGCGCACAAAGCCGUUCUUGGGCCAAGCAGGGCUCUGUGCCCAGAGGAAGCAUUACUGCUAUUUCUUCACUUCUAAAAGGCCAUCAAAUUCAGACUACAUACAACAUAUAUAGAAAUAACUUUUAAUUAAAAAACCAACCUUGCAUCAAAGAUUAUUGUAUCAGACAUUGAGGCAAGAUUCAAGUUUAAGACAAACCAGUGUUAAAAAAGUGUUUAAAAAAAUAAUCAGAAUGUGCAAUAAACUACAAUGUAGCAAUAGGUUGUAGUGUUGAAACAUUACUGAACUGUUUUCAGAUGCCCAGUGUAUAUUUCCUGUCAUUUUGACCAAAAAACCCCAACUUGACACUAAAACUGGGUCACCUGUCCAGUGCCAUUCCAGAUAUUACAUGUGGAAGGAAAUUUUGCACAAAAACAGAGACUCCUAUAAAAUUGCCUUCAACUGUCCUACACAGAAAAACUCCCUGUUGAUGGAUUAUACCUACAUUCAAUAUUUAAUCUUUGUUAAUACCUCUUGAGAUUGCAGAUACAUUCCAAACUAUGCUAUUUCCAUGCAAGUUUAAACAACUUGUUUGUUUCCUCACUGUGAUCUCGCUGGGAAAUUAAAAAUCUAUCCGGAAUCACAA